AUGGAGCCCAGAGAAGCCACUGGGAAGGGGAACCUGGGAGGCAAGAGAAAGAAUCUGACCUUCUUGAGACCCAGGCUGUAUAUGCUGGAGAGGAGGAAGACAGACACUGUGGUGGACAGCAGUGUUUCUGGGGACCACUCUGGCACCUUGAGGAGGAGCCAGUCUGACAGGACCGAAUACAACCAGAAACUCCAAGAAAAGAUGACGCCACAGACUGAGCGCUGCUCGGCUGAGACCCAAACCCCUGAGGAAGAGCAGCAGAUGCAAAGGAUGAUGGCAAAGCGGGCGAAAAUCAUCGGGGAGCUGAUACAGACGGAGAGGGACUACGUCACGGAUCUGGAGCUGUGCGUCAGAGAAGUGGUCCAGCCGCUGAGAAACAAACAGGUUGACAGGCUGGACGUGGAGGGCUUGUUUAGCAACAUCGAAUCUGUGCACCAGAUAUCAGCCAAGCUACUGUCCAUGUUGGAAGAGGCCACAACAGACGUGGAACCGGCCAUGCAAGUAAUCGGAGAGGUAUUCUUGCAGAUUAAAGGACCACUGGAGGAUAUUUAUAAAAUCUACUGCUAUCAUCAUGAUGAAGCACACAGUGUACUGGAGUCCUAUGAAAAGGAGGAAGAGCUGAGGCACCAUUUGAACCACUGUAUCCAGUCCUUAAAGAAUAUAUAUAUGCAAGAAGGCAAACCAAACCUGCUGGACAUGGGCUCUUUGAUGAUCAAACCUAUUCAACGUGUGAUGAAAUACCCACUGCUACUGUGUGAACUUCGGAACUCAACCCCUCCCUCCCACCCAGACUACAGAGCACUGGAAGAAGCCUUCGCCGCUGUGAAGGACAUUAAUGUUAACAUCAAUGAGCUGAAAAGAAGGAAAGACCUGGUUCUAAAAUAUAAGAAGAAUGAUGAGGAAGAAUCGCUCAAAGACAAACUAUCUAAACUAAAUAUUCAUUCAAUUAGCAAGAAGUCAAAAAGAGUCACAAAUCAUCUAAAGAUCCUGACCAGAGGAGAGUCACAGGUCAAAGACAACACCUUUAACAGGGAAGAAAAGCUUUUUAGAUCACUAGAAAAGACUCUGAGGUUCUGUGUGAAGAACAUUUCAUCCUGCCUUCAGCACAUAGAGCAGGCCAUGCCCUUCACUCUGCAGAGUGUAGCAGAGCUCCGUGAGAUUUCCUACAAGGAUGGAGAGAUGAAGUGCGGUGAACCCCAUAGUCAUGCUUUAAAUCCCUGUCAAGACUUUGUAGCUCGCUCUCAGAGACUCAUCCUGACCCCACUGUCAGCCUUGCUGUCCUUAUUCCCAGGGCCUCAGAAGCUCAUCCAAAAACGCUAUGACAAACUACUGGACUAUAAUAGCUCCCUGCCACGGUCAGCUGCCGACGAAUCAGACUUGGCCAAACGGGAAUAUGAGGCCCUCAAUGCCCAGCUUGUGGAAGAGCUCCAGGCAUUCAACCAGGCUGCCAGGAAGAUCCUGCUGAACUGCCUGUGCAGUUUUAUCACCCUCCUCCGGGACUUGAUGCUGGCGGCUCUGCAGGUUUAUUCCAUAGUCAGGCCGGUGCCACUGCCAGUCUUGAGCAUCUCUGAGAUUCAAAAUCGCGUGCUGGAAGAGGUUCAAAACUUGAAUUUUGUAAAGGACAACAGUGCCACCUUUAUUGAGAGGAAACUUAGCUUUGAAAAGAAGAAGCCUGCUCAGGUUCUGCCAGAAAUGCCACAUCAAACUGACGAUCACCGCUCCAAACUUCUGUCCACAUACGGAGCAGAGGAACUCUACCGAGCUAAGCGCAAGUGCAACGCCACCCAAGAGCAUGACAUCAAUCUUCUAGAAGGAGAGUUGGUAGCCGUCCUGGAACAGAAAGAUCCCCUGGGGAGUACAAGCAGGUGGUUUGUUGACACAGGAUUUGUAAAAGGCUACGUGUAUUCCUCCUUCCUAAAGCGCUACAACCCAGCGAAAGAGCAGAAGGCAGAUGCUGAGAACAGAUUCUGUGACGACGAUUUCGAGAACAUCAGCCUCUUUGUAUCUUGUCGGCCAGCUUGCGACAGUGUCACGAGCACUCCUGAAGGCAGCAUAAGCGACAGCAGCUCAUCUCUUAGUGGCACUUGUGGGAAGUCUGAAACAAAUGGUGCUGAUGUUGAUCAUUUUCAAGAGGUAGAUGAACAGAUUUUCUAUGCGGUCCAUGCUUUCCAAGCACGGAGUGACCAUGAACUCAGCCUUCAGGAGUACCAGAGAGUCCAUAUACUUAGAUUUUGUGAUCUAAGUGGGAAUAAAGAGUGGUGGUUAGCUGAAGCACAAGGGCAGAAAGGGUAUGUGCCAGCUAACUACCUCGGGAAGAUGACAUAUGCUUAAGAAAAUCAGCAUAAAACGACAAUCAUUUCGUGGCAAGUUGCUUACUGACUACCUCAUAAAACAGACACUGAAACUUCAAACCAGAAACUGACAGUGUAUCAUGUUUUAAAGAAAAUCUUGCUUCCUAAUAGGGUGGUUUUACUGAUGUAUAAAGAAUAGUUGUUGAUAGAGAUAUUACCAUCAGAAACAGCAGAGUAAACAGCCUAGGUUCCAGCUACAUAUUUAAAGGUAGAGAUCUUUUGAAAAGAUAUAUUUUUGUUUAUUAUCACCAAAGAGUAGAUCUAAGAACAAGAUUUUUCACUUUAUUGUAAUAUUUUUAUUGUACUUUGUCUUAAACAUAUUUUUAUUUGCACAUACAUGUUUACAUACACACACAAUAUAUAUUCUGCAGUUUAUACAUGAUGAGUAUAAUACAGAUUAUACAUAUAAACACAGAAUAAACUAAUUACAUGUAAAAUAAUUAACAGCCAAUUAGAUGGGGCUCCAUUUUUAAUACAUUUUUUAAUCAAAAGGAAAACAUAAUAUAUUGAUAAUAUCAAAACUUACUAGAAGUGUGCUACAUGAUAGACAUUGCUUUAAAUGAUUUACAUAUAAUAAUUCAGUGCAACAUAAAAAGCAAACAUUGCUAGCAAGUGAUGGAGGUUGGUCAAACACGGGCAGCACAGUUCCAAGGUCCCGAGGUGUUCCUAGUGACUACACCAUACACUCCUUAAGUGUAAAACAAUGACGUAAGUAAUGGACCUGGAGGAAAUCAUUUUUCUCUCAGAUCCACAUUUCAAUAUUUAACAGCUUUUCAAAGUUAAGAGCUUUCAAAGACUUCUACACAAGCCUGGGAGAGAAAAAUGAAGUGUCCAGAUUUAUUAUUUGUACUUUUAUUGUUGUGAUUAAGCAUGUUCGAAAGUAUGAUUGUUUUAAAUAUGUCAUACAUGAUUACUGAUGAAGUUUUAAGAGGAAACAUUUUCAGAUCACUCACUGAUUUGGAGAUGCAUGAGGAGUGUGCCUUCUACUUCAGAGCCAAGACGUAAAUACUUUAGUGGCCAGUUUGUUCUCAGACAAGGCGCUGAGGAUUGUAUUAGCUGUAACACCACGCUCAGGGCAUUGUGCUUUAAUUUGGGUACUGCUCAGAGACUGUCCUCCAAAAUUUCAGUCAUAUUCAUUCAGUCAAGACACAUAAUUGGGUUAAAAUAGAUAACUGGGACAAACACAGGGUUGAGAGGAGUGAGGCGGAAUGCUCAGAAGUAGAUGUAACAACUCUAUAGAGAAAAUUUUAUGAAGAGCAAAAUGUCUGGCAUGUGUCUACUUGGUCAGCAUUACUGAAUACCUGCCUUUAUCAGGAACUCUGGUAGAUUUGAGGGUCUCAGCACAUUUCAAAUCCAUGCAGUACCUGGCCAUGCAAAGUUUACAGUCUAAUGAGGGCAGCCCUAUGUAGAGGACUAAAACCAUGAUGACCACUAGCUGUAAACAAAGCAUGUUUAGGAUCAUGUAACAGUGAGACUUCUAAUUUUGUUUGAUUUUAGUAGUUACUCAUAACUAAGAUUUUAAUUGCCCAUAAAAAUCCUAAUGACACAUUUUAAGAUUUCUCACUUUGAAAGACUAGAUCCAUUUGAUGUACAUAUAUAUGUUACAUUUAUUACUCAGCAAUAUCUAUAACAAAAUAAAGAGUUCUACUUCUUCUAGUGUAGCUGACUGAAUAUCAUACCCUCUUCCCUUAUAUGAAUAAAGUUUAUAGGACUACUAAAUUCAUUAAAAUAGCUUUAUAAAAAUUUCCUGACAUUGCUUUUGCAUAGAAUAUUUUCUUUUUUAAGUAAGAUAACAAAAGAUUUUCUAAAAGAUAAUAGAGAUUUCAAUUUUUUCUUUUAAUUGCUCUUUGAGUUCAAUUUUAAAACAAAAAUUUAUUUGCCUAAAGUUAAACAAAAAGAUAUCAAGAGUUGCUACGUAAGGGUAUCAUAAAAAUGUCCAAAGAGGCAUAAUUUACAUACUGCAGCAUAUACCUGCACACCUGUAUGCAACACAGAGCUUCAGUGUUCUACACAAAAAUGAAGAAUUGUAUAAAUAGCACACAUGUGCCUUUCUGGCUGAAAUAGAUGAUUAGAUGGAGGAGGAGCUUUGUGUACUGGUGUGUGCCCAGGACUGACACUUCCUGUCUGCCUUUUGAAAACUCUACACCAGGACAAUCAAUACUUGACUUAGCUCCAGAGAAAGAACCAGUAUGAAGCCAGUGACUGCGACUUUCCUAUCAUGACGAGCACAUUUCUAUAAAUGAGCUCUGAAAAAUUACAAAUACCUUCAUUUUCUACUUCUUUUACUUAACAUCAAAUAAACUGUAAUUUUAAAAUUAGACAUUAUUUCACUAGGCCUCAGGAAUAUACAUUUCCAAGAUAGUUUAUAGGGUGUUUAUAUUUAAGGAGUUUAAAAGAUUCAACCAUUAGUUACAUCAAUGUAAUUACCACUACACAAGCUAAUGCAGUUGGUUAUAUUUCUUUUAAAAUUACUAUUGUACAGAAUAGAAUCCUCUGAAGUGGGCAAUUAUUUUUACCAAGAUGAAGAGGAAGCUUUUAUAGCUAAUUUUCUUUUUAAAAUAAAUAAAAAUAUAUGCAUCUUAUUUAUAUUUUAUUUUGAAACGCACAUGUUCAAAACUACUAGUACAUGUAAUAAAGUGUAGAGAGUAUAACAUAUACAACUAGUAAUAUAAAAUUAUCAUUGGUGUGGAGUCAUGAAAAAGUCACAAAGCUACUAUUGGAACAUUCUUUAUACUUCAGAAAAAUAUCCUGAGUUUGAAGGAUGGGUAGAGGCAAAGAGAGAGAGAGACACGAUUAGUCACAGUAAUAAAGCAGUGGGUGGCAGAUGUUAAACACUCCAAACCAUGCCAAAAUAUAAUUCGGAUUUUGAGAAAUUGCUUUUUAAAUGGCUGAUGCUAUCUGGGAUGAACAUAGUUUGGGUGAUUUAAAAAAAGGAGUGUUUCACACUGAAUCGUGGAAUUAAAAACUCUUGGAUUUUCUCAUUUGCCUCUUGGAUUUUUUUCUACCACAUUAAUCUCACACAGCUGUCUGAAUAAAAGGAGAAAAUCUUAAGACAUAAAAGCCCUGUAAGUCAUUUGUAGUAACUAUAGCUUCCUAAUAUACCCACUGUAUUGCCAACUAGUGACUUCACAUUCAGCAUUCAGACCUCACAAAACUCAGACCGAACAAGCUUAUACAUUUACAUUAUGGUCAUGAGGAUGCGAUUACAGUUUGCUGACUAGACAGACACUGGACUUGAAAUUCUGUAGGAAUAGAUCCUGUUCAAAGGCUGCAAUUCCUAAAAGUCUAAUUUUGUAGUUGCUGCCCUCUCUAUAUACACAGAGAUGUAAAAACUCAUCACUAAAUGAUAUGUGAUCUACAAAACUACUCCAGUACAAACUUUUCCUCAGGGCUACUGGAUUUCAAGCUGAGAUGUCUUUAAGCAGCUACUGUUAAAAGCAGGUACGUUACAACAUUUUGAAAAAUAUCUCAACACUUUAUAAAAGACUGGAAUUGAGAUACUCUUGGUCAGAAAUUCUGGGAAUAUAUUCUUACUAAAUAAGUUUUGUUUUGCUUAAACCUCCUCUAAGGCAUCUGAAUGUAUCCAUCACAUUUCUAAUUUCUUGUGAUUUUUAUAAUAAAUUUUGUUAAAAGUGAUGUUUCCUGUGAAAUCUGUGGUCAUAACAAUUUAUAAUUUGUAACUAAUAAAACUACCACCAUACCUUUGUUAAGAAUUGGAAUCAUCUAACUUUUAAAUUCAGAUGUGCUUUAAUUUAUAGUGGAUUUACAUACUGAUACACUCACCGUGGGCUUAAAAUAUCCUGACCUACUUGACCAUUAGAGUCCAAGUUGGCACUACAUGGAGAUUAUCAGUUGCUUGCUGGCAUGGGCCCAUGAAUUACUGCAAGCUACAAUCUGCUGCCCCUGCCCAGAAAUGGAAGAGUAUUAUAUAGUGCAUGACUAGCCCAGGAAGACAAUGUGAAAUGUAGAUUCUACUAAAUAUGUAUCACGUUUACACUACUGAAAAAAAAUUAAAGAAUUAUAAACCAGGGGUCUUUUGUAUUAGGUGUCUUCCAUUUUUAUCUCAUUUGAACUAUGUCUUAUAAAGUAGGAAAUUUGGGUGGUUUGGGCGGUGGUGGCACACACCUUUAAUCCCAGCACUUAAGAGGUAGAGGUAGGGGGAUCUCUGUGAGUUUGAGGCCAGCCUGGUCUACAGAGUGAGAUCCAGGACAGCUACACAGAGAAACCCUGUCUCAAAAAACAAACAACAACAACAAAAUUAGCAUAAAGUAGAAAACUAACAAAAAAGGGUUGAAGUUAUUCAAUCUUAAGACUAUUAUUCUUCCAGUGCCAUUUCUUUUUUUUAAGUCACUAAAUUCUAUGGUUAAUCUCAUAAAGUAUAAUAUAAAAAACAGAAAGAGGAUACUGACCAAAAUGCAGUUUGAUCUGUCAACCCUGAAAGCUUACAAGAACACUUGCUGUUGUGGUUUGAAUGUGUACUGUCCCCAUGAGCUCAAUGCCAUCUGGUGGUGCUUUUUGGAAAGUUGUGGGAUCUAUAGGAGGUUGAGACUUACAUGUUACUGGGGGAGGAUUUUGAGGUUUUGUAGCCUCACUCUGCUUCCUGUUCCUGUUUUCUGUCUGCUGAGACAACCUGAUCAACUGACCUCAUGCUUCUGGCCCAUGCCUUCAGCAUCAUGAUGGAUUCUAGCCCUUGGAGACAGUGACCCCAGAUAAACCCUUUCUCCUUUAAGUUGCUUCUGUCAGAUACUUUAUUGUGGAGACCCACAGGUUUCCUAGUGAGAUCUGAGCUUGCUUUACCCAGCAGGGCUGCACAGGGGAAUGAUUGGAUCACAGUGGGGGUUACCAGGGGUUUGGAAGGGUCUGCACUGGCUGUUGCAUAUGCUUUGAUCUAGCAAGGGGGAGGUCUUUUGCCCCACCCCUUGGCAUUGUUAUAAAAAGCCCUUUGGAAGAGACAGAAGGAGCUGGUGGAUUUUUAUCAUGCUCCUCCCAAAGCUAUCCUGUGUCUGUCUCCUCUCUGCUAUCUUUCUAUCUAUAUUUCUUAUUCCUCUCUCCUCCUCAUAGGAACCCUUUAAAAGGUGGGAGCUGGCCUCCCACAGAUGGCGCCCUGAACGUGGGACUCCUACACUUUAUCACAACAAAAAACUAAGAUGCCUACUCAUCUGUCCACUCAUUCACUGAGCCAACAGAUAGAGAGCUGCAGAUUUCAGUGCUAUUCAAGAAAAAAGCAUGAUUUCUCCCCCUCACAUAACCUGGGUGCAGGAAAUACUUGUUUUUUUAAACAUAAUCAGAUAAAAACAUACUAUUGCUACUUUCAUAACUGCUUCUUGCAGCAUAUUUUGUGAUGAGAAAAAAAAAUAAAGGCCUAAGAGUUAUUUGAGAUAAAUUCUAUUAUCAAAUAUAUCUUAAAAAUACCAAAAUGAGUUCAGCCCCUUACUUUACACACACACACACACACAAAUAUUACCUAUACAAAGAAUCAUAUUCACUGAAAGAUGAAUUAGUCCUAAACUCAUUAAAAUUUUCAAGAAAUGCCACAAAAACCAAACAAUUGCUUCUCUGAACUCCAGCACACUUUCUGCGAUGGGGUAAAAAUCUUCUCUUCAAAUGCUAAUGUGCAAACUGUACUAAGCAUUAUUUCUCUAAUGUCAAGGUAGUGAGUCACACUGACUGCAGCAGCUGUCCACAGAAGCUUGUGCCGCCUCAUUCUGCUAAGUCAACAGUGCAUUUGAACUAUAAACAGCAAACUUUUUUGAACUCUUUAUAAAGAGGAUUUGGAGUUUAUACCAAAACAGUGUUUAUCAACAGAAAAGUGUUUCUCAAAACAAAAACAUUUACAGGCAGAUUUUUAAGCAUGUAAAUAGAUAUUUAUUCCAUCUCUAAAUAAUGGGUUUGUUUCAGUAUUGGAUUCUAACUUAUGAAUAAAUUAAUGCCAAUAUUUAACAGACUAGUUUAAAAUCUUUCCAUAGAAAAAGACCAAGCUUAACAAGUUUUAUCUUUAAAGAGACUAUUUAUCAAUUUAUUUUAGAAUAAUGAUGUUAGGAAACCUAGGGAUAAAGGAAGAUGCUUUGAGUUUAGAUUUUAUAGCACAUAGCAAGGGUGAUAAAACAAUUCUACUCAGUAAAUAUAGGAAAUUACAAGAUUCAGUUUUGGGAAAAGAUGAGGUGUUUGUCGACUGUAAAAAGGACACUGCAUUUUGCUACUAUACAUUUACUGGUCUGAUACUGAAAGCAUUCUAUUCUUUGUUGGAAUAUAUAUGUAAACUGAUAGCCAACUAACUCAUUAGCUUACAAGGCAAAGACCUGGACCACCUCCUGUAGGAUCGAAUUAUGGCUAGAGUUCACAGGAGAGAAAGGGAGAGAUUUCCCAUAAGGCAGAGAACUGGAUAUUAUAAAACACUAAUGAGUCUUCCCUGUCACCCAUAAGGUACCUUAUUUCAGGAGUUUUAAAUCUUGGGGUAUUUUGCCAAGUGAACCAUUUCUUUAUAUCUGCAUAUGCUAUCAAUCUUCUAACUUUCUCAUCAUGUACCAGUCAU